CUCUCUCUCUCUCUCUCUCUCUCUCUCUCUCUCUCUCGUCUCCCCACCUCUUUCUCUGUCUUUCUCUCCUAUCCUAACCAACAUGGCCGCUAAGUCGGAUGGAGCAGCGGUGUCUGUGGAAGAUGACAACACGCCCAGGAGCCUCUCGGAGCCGGGGAACCCCGCCGCCCGGCCCCGCUGCAGCGCCGCUGGCGGGAAACCCUACACCCUGCUGGACUGCUGCUGGGUGCUCUGCGCCCUGCUCGUCUUUUUCUCCGACGGCGCGACCGACCUGUGGCUGGCCGCCGACUACUACCUGAGAGGUGACUACUGGUGGUUCGGCUUGACACUCGUCUUCGUCGUGGUGCCCUCCGCGGUCGUCCAGGUACUGAGUUUCAGGUGGUUCGUGUAUGACUACUCGGAACUGAGCGGCGGGGAUGGAUCAGCGAGCGGCAGCGGGACCGGCGCGGCCGCGGUGGCGGCAGGCGCGGCAGGAGGAGCAGCCACGGCGGGCGACAACACUUUAAGCACCAAGGACAGCGACCAGCGCGGUGGAUGCGCGGCGACGGGGAACGCAGCAAAUGCGACCCCAGUUUACUCGUCCUCUGCCCCUCCAGCGACGGCAGGGAGAGCGGGGGGCCCCCGGAGGUGCUGCACCGUCUGCAUGUGGGUCUUUCAAACAGUGCUCCACGUCCUGCAGCUGGGGCAAGUCUGGAGAUACAUCCAUGCUCUCUAUCUGGGCGCCCAGAGCCGUUGGCACGGCAACGGGCCCCGUCGCCACUUCCACUGGCGCCUGAUGUUUGAGAGUGCUGACAUCACCAUGCUCCGUCUCCUUGAAGCCUUCCUGAAGUCGGCUCCGCAGCUCGUCCUCCAGCUGAGCAUCAUGAUCCACGGAAACGCCGUCCUCCCUCUGCAAGGUCUCUCAGCCUCGGCCUCCCUGGUCUCUCUGGCCUGGAUGAUUGCCUCCUACCAGAAGGUUCUCCGGGACUCCCGUGACGACAAGCUGCCCAUGUCCUACAAGGCUGUGAUCACCCAGAUGCUGUGGCACUUCUUCACCAUCGGAGCAAGGACAGUGGCCUUUGCCCUCUUCGCCUCUGUCUUCCAGCUCUACUUUGGCAUAUUCAUCGUCAGCCACUGGUGUGUCAUGACCUUCUGGAUCAUCCAAGGUGAGACUGACUUCUGCAUGUCCAAGUGGGAGGAGAUAAUCUACAACAUGGUGGUGGGCAUCAUCUACAUCUUCUGCUGGUUCAAUGUCAAGGAAGGCCCCAGCCGCUUCCGUAUGACCGUCUACUACUCUGUGACGCUGGCUGAGAAUGUGGCACUGACUGCUGCCUGGUACACCUACCGUGGCCCACAUACCUCCGACUCCUACGCCCUGGUGGUGGUGUGCCUGGUGGCCUGCAGCUUUGCCCUGGGAACCUUCUUCAUGUUAGUAUACUACUGCUGGCUGCACCCUGAUGGGCCCGUUCUGGGCUCACAGUGGGGAGGAUGUGUGGACGAGGGUGUAGUGGGUGCGGGAGGGGUAGCAGGAGUGAUUGAUGCCUGCCUCACCCCAUCCCAAGGGUCCCAAACAGACAUGGUCAUCACCAGCCCUCCAAGGACUCUCCCCAGGACUAAAGACACAGGGGAGCCGGUUCCCGGGGAGCGAGACAGAGACAGGGACAGUUGCCUGCCUGUCUUCCAAGUACGUCCCUCCCCUUCCUCCUCUCCUGCACUCCUUCACAGGACCUCCUCCUCAUCCCGUGCACAGGACGGCCCAGUGAUCCGUAUCGACCUUCCGAGAAAGCGAUAUCCGGCCUGGGAUGCGCACUUUAUUGACCGGCGCCUCCGCAAGACUAUUCUGCUUCUGGAGACCACAUCAGCCGUCAGCCCCAGGAUACAGUACAGAAGUAGCAUGAUGGGCAGCAAAGAGGUAUUAGAAUAUGAAACAACUGUCUAAGCCAACAGGGGCUCUUGAAUUUAAAAGUGCAGUCUGGGACCAAGGCUGAGCCUGAGAUCAGUUCUCAUCCCAGGACUACCUACCCCAGGGGCAGCAUGGAAAGGAGACACUGAGUGUCAGGCAACUCUUUAAGAAUAGAGGUUGUCAAACUUGAUUGUAAAAUGUAAAGCGCAAGCUGGGACCAAGGCUCUCCCCUUAGGCUACAGUACAGGAGUAAGUAGCAUGAAUGAGCCGGGGAAGUAAAUAGAAUAAUACUGAACUGGGAUAAUCUUCACCUUUUCUAAAAGCUUGGAGGUGAGACAUUUAAUCUCUCAUCCUGGGACCAAGGAGUGUUAGAUUUAGUUUCAUCCUGCACGGUCAGAACAAGAAGUAAAAGGAUUUGAGAGGAAUGAAGUUGCAGAGCUUGACAUAUUUGAGAAACUGUCUGCUGCAUGAACUUGAGCCUCGGAUCCUGGAGACUCAACAGAGACUUACCAAGGAGCUUUUAGAGACUAGUUGCUAGAGUUUGCACAGGACAUGCAAUCAUUUGGUUUGGUAGCAAAUUAGACACUGACUAAAAAAUAGGGAAUCAUUAUCUAAUAAAUAUUGCUUUAGAGAUUUGCAGGUCAGAAUUCACCUAGACGUCUAGGUUCAAACUGUGCUGAAUUUGUUUGAAAAGUGAUGUCUAGCUUUUUUUAGAAAUCUAGGUUGCAUAUAAUAGGUUAGAUAUGUUGUUUCAACAGCACUUAAAUUAAUAUGUUGAAGUGAAACAGGACAUAAAUACAGGAUAAUAUAUAUUAAAAAUGUGAAUGAAACAACUAUAACGUAGAUAUUUCACUUUUCAACCACAUUUAGCCUAGUUUUAACCAAAGCAGGUAGAUUUAUUUUUACCUCAAAAUCACCAAUUCAUUGCUAAAUGAGUGUGCUUUGUUUUGUGAGAGUAUGGUACAUUUAUACUUAACAGGAACUAAUUUGGUUUUAGGAGGGAGGCAGAGAAGAUUUAGUAUAAUUUUUUUACACCACCUUGAUUCCAAAAGUUUGCAUGUCCCUAACAAACUUUGGUUACUGUCCUUCGAGCAUUCUGUUCGUGGUGUCUAAAGAGAAAUGUGGUCAACACUGUACACCUGUCUCAUGAGAACACAAGGUCCAUGAAAUGUAGGCUCACAAGUCUCACAAUCUAGGUCCAGAUGGUUUAUGAAAUGUAUGCCUGAAUUACAAGUGAUAACAGUCAUCCAUCCAUAUGGAAGCAGCCAUAGCAAAAGUCCCACUGUUUAGAUCCCACUGUCACCCCCAACCUGAGAAAGGACUUGUUUUGAAAAAUCAAUCAGGACUGGAUGUAAGGUGGAUGACUUCUGCUUUGGCUACGACAAUAUGACAUGCUGUAACUCACCACAAACAGGCCUGUGAUGUACAGUUGAAUAAAUGCAGAUGUCAGAUAAGCUAUUACAAUAAGCUGUAGUUAAGUGAGGAAUGAUUUUUGGUUGAAGAAGCUUCGUUUACUCGUAAGAGUCUAAAUGUUGUCCACUUUUCUUGGAAUACAUACCAUGUAGGGGUAUGAAGGAUAUCAUGAGCAAACUCGUGCUAUGAAAACAUUUUCCAGUGUUUGUUUUUUAGGGAGAACAGUAGCUGACGAGAGAUAGGCUAUGUCUUUCAAUCAGGUCAACAGACCCUAAAGAAACCUAGAACGGUUUGUAGGAAUGUGAAAACACAUACAGUCAGUGGUACAGUAACAGUGUAGGAAAACUGGUAACAAAACCUCAAAGAUGCAAAGUACCAUGAUAUUUUUGCAGGCUAGCUAGUUAGCAAUAGCUGCUGUUUGUUGUUACAGACUUUUUGAAAGGCUAUUUUGUUUACAAAAUGAAACCAUGUACAGGCCUUUGAUUCAAAGUAGAUAUGUGGACUGACUUUACUUCAUCAGUAGACUGAUCGGGGGGAAAAUGAAAUGGUAAGAACUGAUGAGAACUUCUCUUUGCACCUUUAAACUGCUGUUGCGAUGCCCUGAAGCAAGGAGCAACAAAAUCAACCAAUUUCAGAGGUCGAAGUUUAAACACAGGUGUGAAAGAGUGUUACUAUCAAUUAGAAGCAGCUGGAUCCUGUUAAAGUCAAGCAUGGUCAGCAACAAUACCUGAAGGAAGAACAGUUUUAAAAAAUCACUAGCAUCAAAGCUAACUUCUGUCCUGUCUCAUAUUACACAACAGAUUUCUCUUCGACAGUCUCUCUUUGAAGUUCUUUUCAAAUACAUUUUCUUUAUUUAAAAGCCUUUAGGGUUAGUUUGUGGAUUUUAGGUGAUCUGAUUUGUUGUGAAGUGGGAGCUCUUUAAGUCUAUCCCAGAAACAUUUAAACCAGUGUUGUGAUUGUUUUAGAUAAAGACAGCAGAAGGUGUUGGGGUUGUUAGCAAUGCACUCAAAACCAUUUCUCUAAAAAACAUUACAUUCCCUAUGUGACCCUGAUGCAUCUCAAAAAAAGCAUAAAAGCAUGCUCAUCAAAACACUUUUAAAGAUGCAUUUGAGAUACUGUGAAGUGAUAAAGGCUCUCAGUUUGUAAUUUAGUUUAACUGUUUUUUAACCUUAGUGGCUGUUAUACCAAUAUUUUUUUGCAUUACAACUCAACAAGCAUUUUGGAAGAUGCCAACGUUCAGGGGGUCACCAAUUCAUGGUUAACUGACACGAGCACAAAAACCAAAAUAUUAUGGCACAGUAAAAACUCGUAUUGAACUGCUGUGAACUUGUGUCAAAGAUACUUAGAUUCUAGUGUUUACAAAGCAGGACAAGCACCAUCUUUGGACGACUUAAAAUGACAUCUUUUUGAAUUUUAAUAUCGGUACUCCCCUUGCUCAUCUCAAUGCUGAUGCAGAUUGUUUUAUCAACAUCCAAAUUUAACUGAAAAACUGAAGAUAUCUUGUUAACAAAAAGCCUUUCAUUCAAAAAAAAUGUCGAACAUGUAUGAACAUGUUCACCGUAUUCACCCUGACUAACUAUAGGAAGAAAACAUUUCCUGUAGAUUUAAGCAGUAUACUGUUAACUUUUUGAGUAGUGAAGACUUCAAAACAGGUCCCUCCUGCUGCCACCUGGGGGAAAAAAAUCCCUGUGCUUGUUGUUGCAGUAUGCAGUGCGGUUUUAAUUAUCACCUUUAUGUUGAUGAUGCAUGUGUAUAUUCUGAGGUAUUGAAGGGGCUCCAGGAGAAGAUUUUCCGACCUUGUGUACUUUAAGUUGAUGAGUAGGGUCACUUACAGCGGUUUAUAUACUUGCUCUUUUUAAUGUAGAGUGGAAUCAGCAUUGUUCAUAUAGUUGCCUACGUACCUUGUGGAAGAUUACGUAAGUUCCACUAGGGGUCAGAUCGGGGGCGAAUCACCCCUGACUGAAACCAAAAAUAUCCCACUUGAGAACUUCCAAUUAUUAAAAUAUAAAAUAUUUUAUAAUAAUAUAAAAUUCCAUAAUUAAACAUAGUGACACUCAAGGAUGUUACUCAGUUGUUAAUGUGAAAACGUUGUGUGUGACAAAUUCUGUUAGAUUGUCUUCAAAACUUUCCACCAUUGUUGUUGUCAUUUUCUCAGUCUGCUGCCCCUACUUCACUGCUCACAUUGUUCAUGUGUCUAAUUGCAUCUUGCAGAUGGGUUGUGUUUUUUUCUGAUCAUGUAAUCAAUCAACAUUUACAGGAUCACUGGCUACUCAUAUACAUUGUUAAAGGCAAGUAUAUAAGCGCUCUGAUCCUCACAAGGUUUGUGGUUAUACUUCCAAUGGAGACCCUGAGGGCAAAAAUGUCCAUAUAAGCUCACUUUGGACAUAUGUGUGUUUCCUCUGCAGGGAAACUACUGUGUCAUUUUUACUCUGGAAUCAGGAAUACAAUUUAAACAUGACUAAUGGUAUUAACUUGAUAAGAAGACUUUUAUUAUCCAGUGUUGUGUCCUACCUGAACCUGUGGAUGUUGGUACAGUGGUGACAGUCAAGGCGAUGUUAAUGGUGCUGAAAAUGACUCCGUGUCAGCAACGAUUAUGUCAUGUCGAACACGAUAGGCUAAUGUACAGAUAAUGCAUCAACCACCCAAUCAUGGGCGAAGGCGAGGCUUCGCUUUCCCUGAUUGGAUAAUGAACCAGUCCUUUGUUGUUGAGGUAAAAUAACAGUUAAAAGUGGUGCGCUGAAUAUAUAUCAACUUGAACAAAUCAUGUUAAAAAGUAAACAGUGAGUUAAAAAAAACUCAUAUCAUCUUUUAUUAAUUGAUGCAAGUAUUUAUGUUUAUUUAUUUUUGUAUUUGUUUUAUAUCUAUUUAUCUAUUGUUUACUCACUCAGUGGCCAUGUCUUUGGUAUGACUCUUAUAUUAAGAUGUAUAAACUGAAAAUAGAUUUUUUUUUACUCAUUCUAUAUAUCUGUAUAUACCAGCGUGGCGCUAUACUAGGACAUGUGUGUACGAGUAUGUGUGCUUUGGUUUGUAUGUACGUAUUGUAUGUACAGUAUGUAUGUAAGGAUGUGCUCUAAGUUUUUUUGAUAAUGCUGCUUAAACAUCCUCUGAGUGAACGAGCAGAAAAAUAAACCAGUGGUGAAAAUAUCUAUGACGCUGUUAAAAAAGAACUCAACAAACUGUGCUGAUAACUGUAGAUGGGAACAAUACUGUAGUAAACAUGGCUGAACAGCCGUCGAAAUAAA